AUGCUGCCUUGGGCUUACUGUUGGUGAGCCAGAGUGUGUGUGAGUGUCCACAACUUAGGAGGGCUGAGGGCUCUGUGUCUUGUUUAAGUAAAAAUCUAGGGAAACAGUAUUAAGCAUGGCUGCCGCCCAUCGUUUGGUUAUUGUCCGCCAUGGUGAGAGCGCCUGGAACCAAGAGAACCGCUUCUGUGGCUGGUUCGAUGCUGACCUCAGUGAAAAGGGUUUGGAGGAGGCCAAGCGUGGUGCCCAGGCUAUCAAGGAGGCAGGCAUGAAGUUUGAUGUGUGCUACACCUCUGUGCUGAAACGUGCCAUCAAGACCCUGUGGACCAUCAUGGAGGGCACAGACCAGAUGUGGCUGCCUGUGAUUCGUACCUGGCGUCUGAAUGAGCGCCACUACGGAGGCCUCACUGGACUCAACAAGGCAGAGACGGCUGAAAAGCACGGUGAAGAGCAGGUGAAGAUCUGGCGUCGUUCCUUUGACAUCCCACCUCCACCCAUGGAUAAGGACCACCCUUAUCACAAAAUCAUCAGCGAGUCUCGGCGUUACAAAGGCUUGAAGCCUGGUGAGCUGCCCACAUGUGAGUCACUUAAAGAUACCAUUGCCCGUGCUCUGCCUUUCUGGAAUGAAGUGAUUGUUCCUGAAAUCAAAGCUGGGAAGAAUGUCAUCAUUGCUGCCCAUGGGAACAGCCUCCGUGGCAUUGUCAAGCACUUAGAGGGUAUGUCUGAUGCAGCCAUAAUGGAGCUGAACCUUCCCACAGGAAUCCCAAUUGUGUAUGAGUUGGAUGCCAACCUGAAGCCUAUUAAGCCCAUGUCUUUCCUCGGUGAUGAGGAAACUGUAAAGAAGGCCAUGGAGGCUGUAGCUGCCCAGGGCAAAGUGAAGAAGUAAGCCAGACUCCUUGCGGAGGCAGAAAAAAAGACUGUUACCCACCUUCAACCUUUUCCUCUAAUCUAUUCUAUUCGAUCCUUGUUGUCCAUUCCAACUGGGGAAACGUUUAAUGGUUCUUUUGGAGACGGGCCACUUUCAGCCCAUUAGCCUACUGUUUGCUUAAAUGACAAACACAGGGAUGACCUUUCAAAGCAAAAAUGCAGGGCCUAACAUUUGAUGUCAUCACACACCACUCAGUCCUUUGUGGCCAAGCCCUAUUUUGUGGGCCCUCGCCAGCCUGGCACAACCAAUAAAGAAACCAUCUUUUUAUGUAG